AUGGCACAUAGGUUCCUCUCACCUACAAACAGAUUCAGCGCAAGAUUUGCUUUCAUAUUCACAGUGUCACUGUCUUGCACCUACUUAUGCUACAGUAUUAUUUUUUGUCGCAGCACAAUCAUGACCAACCAGGGUUACGAUGAGAAAAGGUGCCCGCCGAGCAGGAACGCGGGCGGCAAGAAACUUCUUGGCAAAUUGGAGGAUUGCGCUUUGCUGGAUGCCAGGUCCGCUCUGGAGGAGUCUCGUGACCGGCGGGGAUCAAGUGAUGUCCGCGACCAAAGUAAAACCCCCGCCUCGUCGGGGAGCCACUCCACAGAACUCAAGUUGAAAAACAUGAGUGUGGCGCAAAGGUAUGGGAAUAAGAAGCUGCCUAACGCGUUAAUUGUCGGGGUGAAGAAGGGGGGAACCAGGGCGGUGCUGGAGUUCAUCCGGAUACAUCCUGAUGUGCGCGCACUUGGGACGGAGCCUCACUUUUUCGACAGAAACUAUGACAGGGGGCUUGACUGGUACAGGGGUCUAAUGCCACGGACGUUAGACAGCCAAAUCACAUUAGAGAAGACCCCGAGCUAUUUUGUCACCAGAGAGGCACCGAGACGGAUCUCCAGCAUGUCCCAUGAGACCAAGCUGAUAAUUGUGGUGCGUAACCCAGUCACAAGAGCCAUCUCUGAUUAUACACAGACUCUAUCCAAGAAGCCCGACAUCCCAACGUUUGAGGAGCUGGCCUUUAAGAACAGAAGUUUGGGUCUUGUUGACACUUCCUGGAACGCUAUUCGCAUUGGGAUGUACAUUCUGCACCUGGAGAACUGGCUGCAGUACUUCCGCCUGUCGCAGAUGCACUUUGUGAGCGGAGAGCGGCUGAUCACGGAUCCGGCCGGGGAAAUGGGCCGAGUCCAGGACUUUUUGGGACUGAAACGAAUAAUCACAGACAAGCACUUCUACUUUAACAGAACCAAAGGCUUCCCCUGUCUGAAGAAGCCAGAGAGCAGCAGCCAGCCACGCUGCCUGGGAAAAUCCAAGGGCAGGACUCAUGUGCAGAUUGACCAGGAGGUUAUUGAGCAGCUGCGGGAGUUUUAUAGGCCUUUUAAUGUCAAAUUCUACGAAACAGUGGGACAAGACUUCAGGUGGGACUGA